AUGUUCCAAAACGCUUCUCUUGCCAGGAGCCGCAAGCGCGUCUUCAACUCCGUGUUCGCGCCCGUCACCUUGACGGAAAAUGCUCCCACUCCUCUAGCCACGCCAGCACUUGGUUCCAGCGCUCCAGGUCAAGCAUUCGGGUCUCGGGCUUUACCAGAGGCAGUCAGUAACGUCAGAAUCAAUGAAGCAGAACCGGAGCCUGAAGGGAUCAUUUGGAGCCGAGUGUGGCAUUCCGCAACCGAGUUUCUCGCACUGCCUGAUUGGACCUAUGAAACGCUUUCCAGCUUUGUCGAACAUGCUACAUCUUUUUCAUUGCAACCGAAACAUAUCACGCCGGAGAUAGAAAGGUCUCUGUCCCAUUUAUUAAAUCAGCACCAGCAAAUCAAGGAAUAUGAUCUUGUCGACUGGUAUUGCAAUGAGCUACGUCGUCAUUUUAUAACUAAUCUACGCGCUGUUCUUGGGGCUGCCCUGGAAACAAGCCCCGAAGAUGAGUCUCUUGCCGAGACAGUGCGCUGCUUACAACUGGCACAGCACAUGUAUUUUACGCCAUUCUUGAAUCAUGUGGCGCCAAAAUUGGACACAACGGAGCGUGACACAUCGUUUUUAAAGCUUCGAGAGAGUUUUCAGGCCAUUGUUGCGCAUUCGCUAUCGUCUAGUCGCAUAUCAAAUGCCUUGGAGAUAGCCCUUCUGAAAGAUGCUUCUAUCGUAUUAGGAAUCUCGCAGGCGAGGAAUGACCAGGGAGAUGAAAAUGAAUCAACCGGCCAUGAAAACGACAUGGAGAUUGACGCACAAGUCUCCACCUCAUAUAGACGCUGGAGAGACAUCCCGUCUGAGGCUACUCGCAUUCAGAUCAUGGCUGAGCAGGAAGACAGCCAGCUGAGCGAGUCUAGACACAAAAUUCUUUCGAUACUACAGGCUAUGCAAGAUGUCGGAAUCGGUGGUCACCGAGCGCAGAAAGUAUUCGCCCGGGUAAUGAAUGAUAUGAUGACUGAAUUCAUAGUGGUAAGCUAUAAAGAACAGUGGCGCUCACCGUCUCUAGUUGUGCAACAUUUACGGCUAUGGGUGGAAAAUGUCUUUGCAAGACUAGCUGUCGAAGUGCUGGCCAUUCUUCAGCCGUCUUCCUUGGGCAAUAUUGAUGAACAGUUGGACAAUGUUCGUCUAGAUGAUGUGGAAAAGUGGCAAGAGAUUGCGAUUGCCCGCCUUGGUGCUCUGCGUACCAGUGAGCUUUUUGAUGUGAUCGUCGACUGGGACUCCAGUAGUGGUGCGAUUGAAGACCUUAAACAUUACACAACACACACUGCCUCAAGGUAUUCACUGGCGACUACAUUCAUCAGUAUGCUCAUUCAGCGCUUACUCCACCCUGGAGCGUCCACCGUCCAAAUUCUGCAGCUCUAUAUCUCCAUUAUUCGAGCAUUCAACCUUCUAGACCCAAAGGGCGUUCUGCUUGACCGGGCAGCUCGACCCAUUAGAAAAUACCUUCGAGACCGCGAUGACACAAUUAAAGCCAUUGUUGGCGGACUUCUCGCAGACAACACGAGCAAUGAAACAGGGUCGAAUACAGAAUUUGGUGAGACAUUGGUAGAACUUUCAACAGAACUCAACAACGCUCAUCAACGAAGCGUCCAGAACGAUACUGGCGAGCUGGAUUGGGAUGAUAUGAACUGGAUGCCAGAUCCCGUGGAUGCGGCUGCGGAUUACAAGAGAUCCAAAGGUGCAGACGUUGUCGGCAGUUUGAUUAGUCUCUUUGAGUCCAAGGAGGCAUUCGUGAAAGAGCUCCAGAACAUGCUAUCAGAGCGAUUGCUUAAAAAGAAAGCGGACUUUGAUCAGGAACGAUCGGUUUUGGAAUUGUUGAAAAUACGAUUUGGCGACGGUGCACUGCAGGCCUGCGAAGUCAUGCUUCGCGAUGUCGUUGAUUCCAAACGCGUCGAUACUAUUAUUCGAAACGACCAAAAGUCAGGAACCGUAGCAGAUGCGUUAGGGCAAACCGAGAAUACACCGCAGCUGCAUGCCAAGAUCCUGUCACGAUUUUUCUGGCCGGACAUUCAAGACCAGCCAUUCAACGUACCUGAAGAGAUCGAUAGGUUACAGCAGCGGUAUUCCGACGGUUUUGAAUCUCUCAAACAGUCUCGCAAACUGAAAUGGUUUAAUGCGCUUGGCCAGGUCACCGUUGAAUUAGACCUUGAAGAUCGAGUAUUCACGGAUGAAGUUACAACGUGGCAGGCUACCGUGAUCUACGCCUUUCAGUCCGAGACACCCAGCUCUAGUUCCAAUGAGCCGGUCACAAAGACUGUGAUGGAACUUGCAAAGACGCUGAACAUGUCUGCUUCUCUGGUACGUAGCGCUUGCCUCUUCUGGGUAAGCAAGCGGAUCCUCAGUGAGGUACAACGGGAUUCUUUCCGCGUGCUUGAGGUGCUCCCCAGCGACGAUGAUCAUGAAAUGACUACCGGCGACGAACAGGAAGCUAUCAGCGCAUCCGCAGCCGAAGCCAAUGCUGCAGCGGCAGCAAAAGAAACAGCCAAUGCGGCGGCCAUGGAAAAAAUGAACCUUUACUGGCAAUUCAUCGUGGGCAUGUUGACGAAUCAAGGCGCUAUGCCUCUGCAACGAAUUAUCAUGAUGCUCAAGAUCGUAGUACCGGGGGGCUUUCCUUUUGGGAACGAAGAACUGCGGGAGUUCCUUGCCGGCAUGGUGGCACAGGGCAAGCUGGAGAUUGUUGGUGGGGGGAACUACAAGAUCGUGCGGUGA